AGGUUUUAACGGUGUACACUGAGAGUGAGGGAGCAGCAGCGAAAUGGUAAGAGGGAGAUGGGACUAAAUGGAGAGUGUACUGGAGUAAAACAGAGCAAGACAGUCAGGUGUUAUCACCAAGGACCAUCAUUUGAAGUGUUUACAGAGGAGCCACCGGGGAAAGGAGUCGCCACAGCCCGUCAUCCUUUUCCAUCUCUCUUGGCUGGCAGCUCCAUCCUCAUCAUCCUUCUACCAAUAUACUCACUAUUUCUCCUCUGGACGUCUCAAAACCAUCGAAGUCUGCUCUCUCUAACUUUGUCUCCAAAACAUCGAACCUUGGCUGUCCCUCUGAUGAGCUAAUUUCUAAUUUUAUCCAACCUCGUCACUCCGAGAGCGAACCUCAACAACUUCAUUUCCGCCACCUCCAGCUCUGCUUCCUGUUGUCUCUUCAGUGCCACUGUCUCUAAUCCAUACAUCAUGGCUGGCCUCACCACUUUUUUAUAAACUUUGCCCUUCAUCCUAGCAGAGACUCCUCUGUCACAUACCACACCUGACACCUUCCUCCACCCGUUCCAACCUGCUUGGACCCGUUUCUUCACUUCCUGAUCACACUCACCAUUGCUCUGGACGGUUGACGCCAAGUAUUUAAAGUCCUCCACCCUUGCUAGCUCUUCUCCCGUAGCCUCACGCUUCCCCCAUCACCCCUCCCAUUCAUGCACAUAUAUUCUGUUUUACUUUGGCUAAUCUUCAUUCCUCUGCUUUCCAGUGCAUGCCUCCAUCUUUCUAACUGUUCCUCCACCUGCUCCCUGCUUUCACUGCAGAUCACAACGUCAUCUGCAAACAUCACGGUCCACGGGGAUUCCAGUCUAACCUCAUCUGUCAGCCUAUCAAUCACCACUGCAAACAGGAAGGGGCUCAGGGCUGAUCCCUGAUGCAGUCCUACCUCCACCUUAAAUUCAUCUGUCACACCUACAGCACACCUCACCGCUGUUCUGCUGCCCUCGUACAUGUCCUGUAUUAUUCUAACAUACUUCUCUGUCACUCCAGACCUCCGCAUGCAGUACCACAGUUCCUCUCUGGGUACUCUGUCAUCAGCUUUCUCUAGAUCUACAAAGAUACAAUGUAGCUCCUUCUAACCUUCUCUGUACUUUUCCAUCAACAUCCUCAAGGCAAAUAAUGCAUCUUUGGUACUCUGUCUUGGCAUACACACUUUUGUCCUGAGUCUAGCCUCCACUACUAUUUCCCAUAACUUCAUUGUGUGGCUCAUCAACUUUAUUCCUCUAUAGUUCCCACAGCUCUGCACAUCACCCUUGUUCUUAAAAAUGGGCACCAGCACACUUUUCCUCCAUUCCUCAGGCAUCUUCUCAGGCGCUAGAAUUCUAUUGAACAAGCUGGUCAAAAACUCCCCAGCCACCUCUCCUAGAUGCUUCCAUACCUCCACAGGAAUGUCAUCAGGACCAACUGCCUUUCCAUUUGUUACCUUUCUAACUUCCCCCUUACUAAUCAUUGCCACUUCCUGGUCCACCACACUUGCCUCUCCUACUCUCCCUUCUCUCUCAUUUACCUCAUUCAUCAACUCCUCGAAGUAUUCUUUCCAUCUAUCUAGCACACUGCUGGCACCAGUCAACAUAUUUCCAUCGCUAUCCUUAAUCACCCUACCUUGGUGCACAUCCUUCCCAUCUCUAUCCCUCUGUCUGGCCAGCCUGUAUCGAUCAUUUUCUCCUUCUUUAGUGUCCAACCUGCCAUACAUGUCAUCAUAUGCCUCUUGUUUGGCCUUUGCCACCUCUACCUUUGCCCUGUGUCGCAUCUCAAUGUAUUCAUUUCGCCUCUCCUCGGUCCUCUCAGUGUCCAACUUCUUCUUAGCUAACCUUUUUCCUUGUAUGAUUUCCUGGACUGUGAGGCUCCACCACCAAGACUCCUUCUCUCCUUUCCUGCCAGAAGAUACACACCAAGUACUCUCCUGCCUGCCUCUCUGAUCACCUUGGCUGCAGUGGUCCAGUCUUCUGGAAGCUCCUCCUGUCCACCGAGAGCCUGUCUCACCUCUUCCCAAAAAGCUGCACAACACUUGUCCUGUCUCAGCUUCCACCACAUGGUUCUCUGCUCUGCCUUUCUCUUCCUAAUCUUCCUCUCCACCACCAGAGUCAUGUUACACAUAACCAUCCUAUGCUGUCUAGCCACACUCUCCCCUACCACAACCUUACAGUCGGUAGAUCACAUCGUCUGCACGAGAUGUAAUCCACCUGCGUGCUUCUACCUCCGCUCUUGUAGGUCACCCUAUGUUCCUGCCUCUUCUGGAAAAAAGUGUUCACGACAGCCAUUUGCAUCCUUUUUGCAAAGUCUACCACCAUCUGUCCCUCCAAGUUCCUUUCCUGAAUGCCGUACUUACCCAUCACUUCUUCAUCACCCCUAUUUCCUUCACCAACAUGUCCAAUACAAUCUGCACCAAUCACGACUCUCUCUCUGUCUGGGAUGCUCAGAACUACUUCUAGCUCGUUCCAGAAUUUCUCUUUCACCUCUAGGUCACAUCCUACCUGUGGGGCAUAGCCACUAAUCACAUUAUACAUAACACCCUCAAUUUCAAGUUUCAGCCUCAUCACUCGAUCUGAUACUCUCUUCACCUCCAAGACAUCUUCCCAUCUACACCAUGGUAAAAUAAUUUAAACCCUGCCCCUAAACUUCUAGCCUUACUGCCUUUCCACCUGGUCUCCUGGACACACAAUAUAUCAACCUUUCUCCUAAUCAUCAUGUCAACCAACUCCCGAGAUUUUCCUGUCAUAGUCCCAACAUUCAAAGUCCCCACAUUCAGUGCUAGGCUCUGUGCUUUCCUCUUCUCUUUCUGCCGAAGAACCCGCUUUCCACCUCUUCUUCUUCUUCUUUGACUUCGACAUCGACCCACAGUAGCUAAAUUUCCAACGGCGCCCUGCAGGUUGACGGCGCCGGUGGCGGACGUUGUUAACCCGGACCACGACCCAUCCGGGUAACCAAGAGGCCCCAGCUCCCCCUGAAGCAAUGGCUCAACCCUUUCCACCGGCGCAGUACCCUCCCCCACCACAGAAUGGGAUGCCCGCUGAGUAUGCCACACCCCACACUCACCCACCAACUGACUUCACGGGACCAAAUACGAUUGCCGAACACGCCCUGACGCUGUACACGCCGACACACGCACAGAGCGAACAGCCCGUGAAUGACAGCAACGUUCCUGCACUCACAGCCAACACAGUAACGUUUUGCUUGCUUAAAGAUGGUUUCUCAGGGGAAGCUGUGUGGAGAGAAUGUUCUCCUCACCACAGUUACAAGCAGGUAGAUGACGUUGCACAGACGGAGGGUUCCCAGCAUCUUCAUCUGCAGCCAAAUGACUCAUCAGAGAAACAACAGCCCAAAAGAUUACACGUCUCCAACAUACCUUUCCGUUUCCGGGACCCUGACCUCCGGCAAAUGUUUGGGCAAUUUGGCAAGAUUUUAGACGUGGAGAUUAUCUUUAACGAGCGAGGCUCCAAGGGCUUUGGGUUUGUAACAUUUGAAACAACUACAGAUGCUGAUCGCGCACGGGAGAAACUAAAUGGUACAAUCGUAGAGGGACGCAAAAUAGAGGUCAAUAACGCCACAGCAAGAGUAAUGACCAACAAAAAAGUGGCAAACCCUUACGCAAACGGCUGGAAGUUGAAUCCAGUGGUUGGAGCAGUGUAUGGUCCUGAAUUUUAUGCAGUAACAGGGUUUCCAUACCCCACCGCAGGAGCAGCAGUGGCCUAUAGAGGGGCCCAUUUGAGAGGGAGGGGCCGGGCUGUCUAUAACACGUUUCGUGCUGCACCACCUCCUCCACCCAUACCAGCCUACGGAGCCAGUGUGGUCUACCAGGAUGGAUUUUAUGGGGCGGAAAUAUAUGGCGGAUAUGCAGCUUACAGAUAUGCCCAGCCAGCUGCUACUGCUGCAGCUGCAUACAGUGACAGUUAUGGCAGAGUCUAUGCAACAGCAGACCCAUAUCACCAUACGAUCGGUCCUGCAGCCACAUAUACCGUGGGCACUAUGUCGCCAGUUCGUUGUACCUCGUCGCGUUCCAGCAUUCCUUGUUUCCACGUCACAGACUAGACCAUGUUCUGAUUAUCGACCUCGCCUUUUUGCCUCACAUUUUUGGAUACUGUUGCCUUUUUUGGAUUGCCUGCCCGUAUAUUAAACCUCUCUUUUUGAAACUGUCCAUUUGUUUUGGAGUCGUGUAGUUUUGGGUCCUAUCCUAUGUUCCGUUCAUGACGGAACGAACUGGCCAUAACAUGGACCCAGCAGACUCAGACCCGUUGCGCAAAGCCCUUCAAGCACAGAGUCAACGCCUCUCGAAGCAGGAUAAGCAGCUUGCUGCCCUCCACCUUCAUCUAGAGGGACUUUCAGAGCAUCAGGACACUAUGAUGAGACAGGUGGCCUCACAGUUUGAAGUUCUUAUGAAAAUGAUUCAAAAGAAGGAACCAGUUGGCACAAAACCCGAUACCGCCACGGUACCAAAGUUUCCAUGUGAAGCAGUUACCAUGCAGCCACUUGCCACCUCCGCUGCUGUCUGCCCACAGCUUUCUUGACCGGAGAGGUUCUCUGGAGAUUCUGGGAACAUUAUGCCAUUCAUCACUCAGUGCGAACUCCACUUUGAGCUGCAGGCAGGUGCCUUCCCCACUGAGCGGGCAAAAAUCGCUUUUGUCAUUUCCCACCUGACUGGUCGUGUGGAGGCGUGGGCUACUACUGAAUGGAGCCGAAAUUCCGCCGGAUGUCAUUCGUGGGCUUUGUUCGUAAAGACGAUGGAGCAAAUUUUUCAGUUUUCCACACCAGAUCGUGAGGCAGCUCGCUCCCUUGUCACCUUACAUCAAGGCAAACGCAGGGUGUCAGAUUACGCGAUUGAGUUUCACAUUCUAGCAGAUGAGAGUCAGUGGAAUAAUAGGGCACUGUUCGAUCCAU